UUGUUUCUGCUUUGUGCUUUAAUUAACAACUUGUUUGGUGACAAGUGACUGUUGUGUUGUGAUUUAUAGGAUUUUCACAGAAUGAAUUAUAACGAUUUUUAUACUUUUUGGGAAUUCUACUUCGGCCCGAGAAAAAUGCAUAGAAUUUUUACAGAAACUUUUGAAAGUGCUUUUAUACUGUGUAAUACUGAAAUGCGACCGUUUGGCCAGUUAGAGAUUUUUGAUGUUAUGUCUCAGAUUAUCCCAACUGCUUUUGUACUCGGUACGGGCUACUGGUCGUUCUACAAUACAACGACGCAUGAAAAACCGUUGUGCGUUUGUGGACGUUUUGAUCUCCCUUGUAGACACAAUUUAAAUAAAAAUAAUUGGAUUGAUAUGCGGCGACUGUCAUCUCCAUCGGAACGGGUAAUAUUUUACCCAAACCGCCAUGGACCUGUUAAAGUCGAAGACUACUCCUUGUUAUUAUUCAAUAAGUUUGAUGGAGAAAGAUCACAACUCGAAAUAGAGAUUACCUUUACUGUAGCUGAGACAAAAGAUGUACCAAAAUCGGCUAUGAAGAUUAAAGCUCAGUUUUACUACAAAUAUCGAUAUUAUCCGUGUAGAUCUGCCAUAAAUUUCCAACCUAAUCCGCUGUACAUACAUUCGUACGGAUCUGUUAUUUCUCAGUUACUUGUUGAACGACAGAAAUUGUUAGUUGAUCCAGGAGCGAGAACUAGCAUAUUGCUACCAACUUCGCUCAUGGCAGAACAUGCACUUAUUCCCUGUGAGAUUCUAGUCCCACAAAUGCAAACUAUUGUUGCAAUUUGUCAGAUGGCCCUUAAAACUCGUAGAACAAGGAAUAGAGUUAAAAGAGAAAAUAACUCAGUAGAUUCGCUAUUGUUGUUUUCACCACCUAGUACAAACCUCGAAAGAAGCAGUUCGCCUAUUAAAACAGCUACGUAUGGCGUUUUUCAGUCUGCAUCUGUAACUCGAAAAUCAAUACGUACAGUGAAAUUGGAAGAUAGUCCAACAGCAUCUUCAUUGUUGUCUGUUUCAAAAGAACAUUUAACACACGAAACAUACAGAACUUCGUCGACUAAUUUAAUUAACCCAGACUUAUUAUCAAAAUCAACGUUUAAAAGUGAAAUUCAGUGUAGUGACACACUAACACUACCAACUAUGGUUAUAAAGGAUGAAAUUAACCCCUAUUUUGAACAAAAUUGUGGCACAGAUCAACAUAUCGUGGCGUCAAACGAAUCAGCUACUAAUAGACAAUGGUAUAGAGAUCGUAGUAAAAAUACAAAUAAUACAAUCAAACGAGUACGGAAAUCAGUGACUGAGAAACAGAACCGUCAAAAAAAUAACCUAACUAUUCCAGCACUUUGUUACCAAACGGAACCCUCUACUUCAAAUUCAAAUUUUUCCUCUUUAGCAACAGUAGAUCUAACAAAAACGGAAGACCCUGUCUACUCGAGAUCUGGAGUGGAUUAUGCUAAUGGUGUUACGACCAACCAACCGUUAAAGAAAAUAAAGGAAUUUGAUGACGAUUGCUUCAUUAUCGCUGUUUCUGAUGCGAUUGAACCUAUGAGAGCUAAUAGUCGUUUGGAGCUUAUUCAAGAUUUUAUUGAUGAAGAAUACGCCAAAGAGGAGGAUAAAUAAAAAAUAAAAUGUUUCACAAAAAUACUUUUAUUAAUAUGUUUGUAAAAAGCUUUUAAUUACUGUAAUUUAUCUUAUGCAGAUUACAGAGCAAGUGGUUAAAUCGAAAGAGAAAUUUGAAUGACAAAAUAGCAUUCGUAUAUAUUAGAAAAUAGCAUUAUAACAUUUAUAACGUAUAACAUAGAAUUUAUAACAUGUAGCAUUCGUAUAUGUCAUAAAACGGCGUUAGAUGUAAUACAAUUAAAGAGACUGAGAGGCAUAUGCUAAUAGUAGGUAAUAUACAAGUUAAUGUUCCGUUUUUUUUUUUUUAAAUAUACAGCAUCCAGUAAAAUCAGUUUAAUAAGGGUACUUUUUUUAUUUUACUUAUUUUGAGUAUGUCUAUACUUCAAAAUAAAAAAUGAAAUAAGUCAUACGCUUGAUCAGUAAGUUUAUCGUAUCAUUUAGCUGUCGCUAUUACUUUUAGCGGGAAGCGUGUCAGUAGCGGAGAAUUUAUUUUUUAUUUACCGUAUAGCAUAAAACGAACAUAUAAUAUAUCAAUAUAAUCUAAAACAUUUUCGGUCGCAUUCAGGAAUUCCAUGUUACGUUUUUCUUGCUGUUAUUUCCUUAUUUCUUCAUAUUUUAAGUUUGAAUUCUUAUCUGCUUUUGUUCUGUUUCUGGUAAAACUUUCUUGUCUGUGUUGGCUUCGUGAAGUUCUUUGUUCAUAAAUUCUCUCUUCUUUGUCCGGUUUGCAUUUUGCUCAUCUCCUGGUAUGGACGUUUAGUUUAUUCGAUUGGUAUCUUCAGUCUACAAUAAGAUGAUUUAUCAUAUUUACUAAAAGUCCGUCUGGUGAUUUACAGAUGCCUUUGUGUAUAUCUUUUCGAGCAGAUUUAAAAUUAUACAAUCAUUUAAAAAAAAACUUUUAUGAAAAAAAGGAAGACAUUUUUGAAAGCAUAAAAAUAUUUAUACAAUUCGUUAUUUCUUAAACAAAUAUUUUCAUUCUCUUGGAAUCUGCUAUCAUUUCUGUUCCAUACCAUAUGCAAAUUAAAAGUUUACUUUGUAUUCCAAAUUGGCUGAAUUUUCAGUUUUUAUUGACGCUUUUAAAAUGAAAGUAUUUGCUUCGUUGUUGUACAAAUCAUUAGCUGCUGACUCAGCUUUUAAUUCAUCUUUUGUGUGUUUAUUUUGCUCUGUAAAUACAUUUUGACACUAAUUAAUUCCGCUACUUAAUAUGCUAACUUGGUUUUUUACACUUACGGGAAUUAAUUUUUCUCAGAAAUAAACUACGAAUCCUAAUACUAAUUUUAGUAUGUUACACCAUAGGUAUCAACUCCCGCUCAUCCGUCCAGUUGACACAUUAUUAAUAUUAAUGAAAACUUAGUGACCAGCAAGGAAACACAUUUUCUUAUGCUCCGCUAAUGAUUAAAUUUUAAAUUUCCGAGAAUUUAUUAUUGACACGUGAUUUCGGCUAAUUUUGACCACUUACGAUGCGUGAUUUUGAAUUUCCAGUUUCAUUUUUUAUUUGCUAGACUGUAUUAAUCUAAUAUGCUGGUACAUUUUUAUAGAGAUAAUCAUAAAUAUAUGUUUAAAGCUCUCAUUUUGUAAUGGACAUUUCUGUUUUUGUUAAAUUAAAUUUAAUAUAUCCUGUUAAACUGCGGUUUUAUAAUUUGCCCAGAAAUAAAUACAGCUAGUAGAUACAGACCACUUUAAAUUAUUUUUGUUCUACUAAACUUACAUGCUUUUAGAAAGCAUAUAUUACAUAUAAUAAUUUUUAAUAAAAACUGCAACCGCAAGAUAAAAGUACUAUUUUGAACAUUUUAGGAGUAACCCAUUUGUUCUAUUGUGUUUAUGACUCCUCUAAAAUGUAGGAUCAGAGUUUUCCUUGUCACUCAAAGAAAAAUAAAGGGGACCUUUUCUCCUUUUGAAUUAGUUCUAUUUUGUUUAUCUAAUUUUCUUUCAGUUACUAUUCUAGUUCAGUUUUACUUACUUUCUGACUUAAGUAUUUCAGAGAUUUGUAGACCCACUUUCCAAAGCUCGCCGUUGUAUCCUUCAAAACACGUGAGAGCCGUAGUACAGUGAAUGUCUGUAUACCUGGAAUUCUUCGUCUAACUUAAAUUCAAAGUCAAAACCUUUUUCUUGGGAUAAUUUUUAGCUCCUCCAAAGUAACACCCAACGUCUGGUAAUUGAUUGUUCCUAUCCAAGUUAUAUAUUUAUAGAUAUUAUAGAUAUAGAUAUUAGUUUUUUAAAUCUCUUCUUUUUGUAUAUUUUAUGGUUAGAUGUUGUAUUGACUUUACAGUUUGUGACAUUGUUUAUGUGACAAUUUCAUCCCGAAUUGUUACUUACCGAUGUUGUCCCUAAAUUAUUAUCAAACCUUCAACAAUCUAGCUAAUUGAUCAUUCUCUUUGUUUACUCUUAUUAUAUUAAAAAAAGAUCAUUAUAUUAUAAGAUUAAGUAUUAAGCUUAAUUAAUUAAAGAAUAUUUGACUGUUCAACUGAUGUAUUUUUGGGAUGUGUAACAUCCAACAUCACGAAUAUUUUAUUAUUGACUGCGGACUGUAAUGAUCUUCUCCUUCCUUAGGAAAUACAAGUUUGUUUAUGUAUCUGUUUAUAUACUCAAUAUAUAGCUGUUUAUAUAAUCGAGUGUGGCUUGUAUGCCAUACAUUCGUGUACUUUCUUCUUUUCAAAAUUUCUUAUUAACCUUUUGGCUUUAUUGGAUAUCUUUUCCUGGGUGUCGAAUCCGGGAAAAAAUUUUAUAGAACUUAUGGCAAUCCUGUUUUUCUUUGCUUUAUACGGAAUUUUAGUGGUUGUAAAUUCAAUAAUUAUUUCUUCAACUUUCACUGUCAAUUUUAGUAUUAUAUAAUGCUAACUUUGUUAUCUGCAGAGUGGAUAAACAUACUGGAACUUACUAAAUCAUCUUGUUGGUCACCUUCCUUUUUUGAGCUGCAGAUUCACCCAGUUAUUCCUUAUAUAUCCGCAUAAAUUGCAGUCAAUGGGUAUAGUAAAUCCCAAAACUUACUGAAAUUUACCAAAAGACUUUUAUUUUACUCUCCGAUCUAGAAAAAACUACCAAAAAAAUGCACGAACUGAAAUUUUCUUAAUGUGCUAUUUUUUUUUUAAAUGUACAGUGGUCAGGAAAUUGUUAUAACGAUGUAAUAGGGGUACCUUUUAUGUUUAUUGUUUUUUUGUAUGUCGAGUAAUUUAAAAAUUAAUUCCGAAUUUUUCUUAUUAGUUUUCUUCGAAAGCAACUUGUAUUAUUAAGUUUUUUGUAACCAAAUAUGGUCGAACCAGGUGAUCGAGAGAAAUAAGAUUUAAAUUUGUAUAAAGAAAUUUAUUUCAUUUUAUAUAGAUAUCAAAGGUUAUUUUGUAAUUCACAUUUCUGUUUUUGUCAUAUACAAUUUGAUAUGUACAGUUAAACUGGAAUUUUUAUGAUUAAGUCAGUAAUAAAUACAGCUAAAAG